AUGACGCAUGUAGCCAUAGGUCUGAAGACGAAGCUGUCAACGUGGCGCAACCACUUAUCCCUGUUGGAGCAAAACCUUGUUGCUAUCACUGAAACUUUUCUGGACUCCUCGGUCUUGGAUUCUGAGAUUGAAACUGGUGACUGGUGUAUCCUGCGCCGUGACAGAAAUGCGCCCUGUGGAGGCGUUCUACUAGCGGCGCGAGCGCCUCUCGUGCUUCGCAGGAGACGAGAGUACGAAACCGAGUGCGGCGAAGAUUUGUGGGCGUCCUUUACGUGGCAUAGCCUCGCAUUCUUAGUGUGUGUUGUGUACAUCAAACCUAGUGCUAACGAUGAAGAUUACAUGAGUUGGUUUUGCAAAACCGAAGGUUUCAUACAUGACUUUAAGGGCUUUGUUGUUAUAAUGGGUGAUCUUAAUCUAAAUAGUGCAUCUAAUAAUAUCACUAAUUACUACUGCUACUUCUUGUCAUUUUGUUCUUUAGUUGACAAAAACGAUAUCUUAAAUGUUCAUGGUGGAAAGUUGGAUGUCAUAUUGGUCCGGGAAGGUUUUCACGAAGUGUUUGUGUCUGGCGUUGAUGGUAUUGUUCAGCCAGAUACAUAUCACCCUCCGUUGGAAGUUGAGGUAAGAAUUGAAUCAGUUCAUUGUUCGAAUGUUAUGGAUCCUAGCAACAUCAACCCUUUCAGAGAUUGGAACUUUUACAAAUGUAACUACGAGCAACUGUACUUGUUAUUAUCAGAGACAUCUUGGGAUCCUGUUUUGCGGGCCGUUAGCGUUGCUGAUGCGGUGAAUGCCUUUUAUCAGAUUAUCUACGAUACUUUUGAUACCUGCAUGCCUAAGAAAAGUCGUUCAAGGAGGAUAACUGAGCGGUACCCUGUAUGGUUUACAUCUGACAUAAUUAAAGAUGUCAAACGUAAGCUCAUAUUGCACGCUACUUGGAAGCGCUCUAAAUGCCUUGAAGACUAUAAGCCUUUCUCAGAUCUUCGGAGUACCUUAAAAUAUCGUGUUGCCAAUGCAUAUCAAACGCAUAUUAAACGCGUAGAGAAUAAUAUUAGAGUAAACCCGCGUGAAUUCUGGCGACAUAUAUCCAGUUUGAGAUCUAAGGGAGGGUUUGAACCGUCGGUGAGCUACUGUGGCGAUAGUUACAGCGGUACUGCAGCCGCGGAGGUUUUUGCCAAAUUUUUUGCCAGUGUGUUUUUGCCAGAUAAACCACUGUUAAAUGUCACCAGCAUUGGAAAUUCAGACACUACCAAAAAUAGCAAUUACAUAAACAUCUUUCAGUUCUCAUCCAAGGAUGUUUUAGAUGGGUUAAAUAAACUUAAAGUCAGUAGUUCCGUGGGCCCGGAUAGUAUGCCACCCACUAUUCUCAAGCAUCUCAAGAAUUCGUUCGUUUCUCCUUUAUCCCACAUAUUUAAUUUAUCACUUAAGACUGGGUUUUAUCCCCUCCAAUGGAAAGUGUCGCGCGUGACGCCUAUACCUAAAACGUCGAAUAAGACGGCUGUAGAGGAAUUCCGUCCUAUUGCCGUCUUAUCGUCACCUGCUAAAGUAUUUGAAAAUGUUCUCCAUAAACUUAUAUAUGAACAAGUCGAAAAACAUCUUAACAACGCUCAACAUGGUUUUAGAUGUAACCACACUUACAAAACACAGGAGACAUCACCCGCGAUCAUGCCUACAAAGACUCACUCUGCCAAGAAGUGA